CCCGAUUAAUCCUUUAUCCCCGAAAAUCGCAAACUUUAGAAAAGGCGCAACGAAAAUGGCGAGCCUUGUCCUCAAUACGCCGUGGCUUAGGAUUAGGUCUUUACCGGAGCUUGCUCCUACUUUCCUCCGACGGCGUCAAUCUUCUUCAUUUUACUGUUCCCGGCGAAGCUUCGCGGUGGUUGCGUGUUUUUCAGCUAGUAAUAAUGGUGGGUCAGUCAGAGUCCGUUUCGCGCCUUCUCCUACUGGCAAUCUCCAUGUGGGUGGAGCAAGGACUGCUCUCUUCAACUACCUAUUCGCGAGGUCUAAAGGAGGGAAAUUUGUGCUGAGAAUCGAGGAUACGGAUUUGGAGAGAUCAACACGUGAAUCUGAAGCAGCUGUUCUUCAGGAUCUAUCCUGGCUAGGACUUGAUUGGGAUGAAGGUCCUGGGGUUGGUGGAGACUUUGGUCCGUAUCGACAGUCUGAAAGAAAUGCUCUUUACCAACAAUAUGCAAAGAAGCUUUUAGAGUCAGGUCAUGUCUAUCGAUGCUUUUGCUCCAGUGAGGAACUUGUAAAGAUGAAGGAGAUUGCUAAGUUAAAACAGUUGCCUCCAGUAUAUACUGGUAAAUGGGCAACCGCUUCUGAGGCUGAAAUAGAGCAAGAGUUAGAAAAGGGAACACCUUUUACUUACCGUUUUCGUGUGCCAAAGGAAGGGUCUUUGAAAAUUAAUGACCUGAUUCGUGGUGAGGUAUGUUGGAACCUGGAUACUCUUGGAGAUUUUGUGGUAAUGAGGAGUAAUGGCCAACCUGUAUACAACUUUUGUGUUACGGUAGAUGAUGCUACCAUGGCUAUAUCACAUGUAAUCAGGGCUGAAGAACAUUUACCUAAUACUUUGAGGCAGGCUCUAAUUUACAAGGCUCUGGAGUUCCCGAUGCCUCAGUUUGCACACGUGUCUUUAAUUCUAGCCCCGGAUAGAAGUAAAUUGUCAAAGCGACAUGGGGCAACUUCUGUAGGCCAGUACAGAGAGAUGGGAUAUUUGCCUCAGGGAAUGGUUAACUAUUUGGCACUAUUAGGCUGGGGAGACGGCACUGAAAAUGAGUUUUUCACACUCGAGGAACUUGGUAGGUCGUUCUUGUUGACUAUAAAUUUUACUUUGUUUGAUCUUCAUCGUCAUCAUCAUGUUUUUGUUCUUGAUUUUGCAGUUGAAAAAUUCUCGAUUGAACGUGUCAACAAAAGUGGCGCGAUUUUCGAUUCUACAAAAUUAAGAUGGAUGAAUGGUCAACAUCUGAGGGCGCUUCCAAUUGAAAAAUUGACAAAACUUGUUGGUGAGCGAUGGAAAAGUGUCGGUAUCCUAACAGCCUCGGAAGGGGUGUUUGUAGAUGAAGCCGUGGAGCUUCUCAAGGACGGGAUUGAUUUGGUGACAGAUUCAGAAAAAGUACUUUUGAACUUGCUUUCAUAUCCUUUACAUUCUACAUUGGCUAGUGCUGAAGCUAAGCCGGCCGUGGAAGACAAGCUUCAUGAAGUAGCAGCUAGCCUCAUAGCUGCUUAUGACAGCGGUGAGAUUCCGAGCGCUUUAGCAGAAGGACAAGCUGGUUGGCAGAAAUGGGUGAAAGCCUUUGGCAAAUCAUUGAAACGCAAAGGGAAAUCACUUUUCAUGCCUCUGCGCGUGUUGCUAACGGGAAAACUCCAUGGACCUGAGAUGGCCACCAGUAUUGUUCUGAUUCACAAAGCUGGUAGUCUCGGUAUUGUGGUUCCCCAGGCCGGGUUUGUGUCCAUGGAGGAACGGUUUAAGAUCCUUAGGGAGGUAGAUUGGGAAGCUUUGAACAAAGGCGAGAGUGUACCUGUUGAAUCUACAGCCGCGGCAUCAACGUGAGAAAAUUCCUUCUCCUUAAUCGUCGGUUGGUAAAAAUACCACCCUUAAAAUAUGAUUUCUCGUCCGUUUCUUUGUUCCCCGAAACAAAUUGCACGACGAAGUUUGUAGGAACAAACCAGAGUGUUUUUACUUUGUCUUUCAUGCUCUGUUUUCUUACAUUUUCUUCUUUAAUUUGUUCUUUCUUUUUUUUUCUCCUUAGAUAAUCUUGUAAUUGGUUAAAGCUCUCAUAACUUACAUGUCAAUUUCAUGAAUGUUCAUGGACUUA